CGCAAUUGCGUGAAAAGCUGCUCAGAAUCUUACUAACUGGACGUUUCACAUCGAAGGAGGCAGCAGGGUUUCGAAAGCGAAACAUCAAUUCAACGGGGAUUGGCGUUGAAUAAUAUAUCAACGUUAAUUACACUGUUUUGCUUGGUUAAAGGCACACGUACUAAAAAAGAAUACCCACAUCGGCACACGCCCACCCACAUCGGCACACCCCUGUUCCCACCCGUCACCGGUGCCGGCUGCGCAACGGGGAUGUAUAAAAGGUGUAAACCGGCAAGGAAGUGGCCAACAGUGAGCUAAACAAACCAUGUCUCAGGACAAGAACAUCUACCCCGGGUUGAUGGGGGAGAACAAUCCCCUCCACAACAAUGUCUACGGACCGCCCCAGCCCGGGUUUGGGAUUCCCCCUCCCAACUACACCCAGGCCUCAGUGCAAGCUCCAUACCCCGGCCAGCCUGCACCCUACGGCCAGCCUGCACCCUACGGCCAGCCUGCACCCUACGGCCAGCCUGCACCCUACGGCCAGCCUGCACCCUACGGCCAGCCUGCACCCUAUGGUCAGCCCGGGUUCCCCCAGGGAGGCCCUGGAUUUGGACAGGGACCGUACCCUCAGAUGCCUUCUCCCCAGGCCCCGUACCCCGCGGGGCCUUACCAGCAACCUGCACAGCCAGGGUUCCCUGGUGACCCCAACGCUUCCAUGGGUGACGGUUACCAUGGUGAUGUGCCACCAUCUUACUACGACAAUGAGGAGUUCACCAACUCUGGCUUUGAGGACAAGAGCAUUCGACAGGCCUUCAUUAGAAAGGUGUUCCUGGUGCUGACCGUUCAGCUGAUGGUCACCUUCUCCUUCGUGGCCGUCUUCACCUUUGUGGACGACGCCAAGUUGUUUGUGCGUCGUAACCCCUGGACAUACUACGUGUCCUACGCCAUCUUCUUUGUGUCUCUCAUCACCCUCAGCUGCUGUGGAGAGUUCCGCCGCAAACACCCCUGGAACCUGGUGGCAUUGUCCAUCCUGACCCUGAGUCUUUCCUACAUGGUGGGGAUGAUCGCCAGCUUCUAUGACACAGAGACGGUCAUCAUGGCCGUAGGCAUUACCGCUGUGGUCUGCUUCACCGUGGUCCUCUUCUCACUACAGAGCAAGUAUGACUUCACUUCUUGUCGGGGCGUUCUGUUCGUGUGUCUGAUCGUCCUGCUGCUCUUCUCCAUCCUCUGCAUCUUCAUCCGCCACAGGAUCCUCCACAUCGUCUACGCCUCCCUGGGAGCCCUGCUCUUUACCUGUUUCUUGGCUGUGGACACCCAGCUCCUCCUGGGCAACAAGAAGCUGGCUCUGAGUCCAGAGGAGUACAUCUUUGCCGCUCUCAACCUCUACACCGACAUCAUCAACAUUUUCCUCUACAUCCUGGCUAUCGUAGGCCGUUCCCGCGAGUGAUGGAGUAGCCCCCUUGGGGGAAAGGGAGAGGAAGGCAUCCAGGAACCUCUCCUCAGUGUGGAAGAAUGAAUGAUGCUCUUUCCCCUCGCUGUCUUUGUAUGAUUUGUUCCUGCUCUCAUUCCUCUGUUACACCUCCCCCACCUUCACCCCACACCCUUCAGGAGACGAAUUGGGUGACAGAAAAUAUGUUCUGUCACCUUUAGCAGUAGCGGAUUAAACUCGGUUGAGUGUAAAUCUGAAUUUAGUUUAGUCUGCUACUUUAGCAGCAGGUCUGUCAUAGAGUGCCACAAAGGGCAUACUUUUAAAUUUAUUUAUGUGAAAUUCCUUUGAAGUAUGUUACUACUGUGACAGAAGUUACACCCUAACAUUCCUUGUUUUGUUUUUAAUGCCUUCUGCUUGCUCUGUCAUCCUUGGCAAUCUGCUUCUACUUACACAGAUGGUAGCUAGCUAGUACAGCACUUCUUAACAUUAGCUGAACAAACACUAUGGAACUCUCCUUGGCGCUCCUCCUUGCCUUGUAGGUUAAGUGCUGUAGAGAGAUUGAGAGGGAAGAGAGAGUAAUGCUAUCUAAUUGAGAGCAGUGCUGUGAUGGAGGCAAGCGCUUCAUAAGGAAGAAACCGUUCUAGAAACACCUUUCCUGCUAUAUCCUCUCUCUCUGGUGUUCCCUCCUUUUCCUGCCAAUGUAAAUGAACUCUGCAUGGCACCUGAAACACAGCUGAGAUGAGCUGAAUAGAUUAAUAAAAACCCUCCAGAGGGAUGAUACCUCUCCUGGCCUUCUUGUUACGUAGCUGUACAUAGAUCUAUGGGAACUGUAUAUGACACUUAGUUCCCUAACUAGCUCUUUCUAGGCAUGCCCGGGGAGUGUGUGGCUGUGAUGCUUGAAGGGAGAACAAUAUGCUCACUCGAUGUACAGUAUAUGACUAAUGACAUCACUACGCAUAGCUAACCAGUACAAAGACCAAAACUUGAAUAAAAUGUGACUGAUGUUAUUUUUGUUAAAAUGGAUGUGUGACUUAUACACUAAUACACAUGAAUAUAUUUAUGGAAUCCCUGAUUUCCCCCCCCCACACACACACUAAGCUAAGUGUGGAAUGUACCAUCUGCUUUUUUAAAAAUGUAUUUUCCCCUUUGUAUUUUCCCUUUUUCUUACUAAUUCCUAAUUUGUCUCCUUGUCUUUAUGUAUAGUAAAUACUAUAGUGUUGAUUUUUUUUUCUCUCCAUUAUUACUAAUGUGAAAUGUUGAAGUAUUGGAAUUUCUGAACACUUUUAUACAGAUGUUACAAAAAUAUCACUAGUUGCUUGUGAUUUUAAAAACCUGACAUGCUGUAGUAGAUAGAUGGACACGGAGAUUGAAGGACAUAAGUUAUUAAUGAUCUAUUUAUUGAAGUUGCUGUAGAAGGCAAGGCUGCUGUGAAGUUGAAAGUGAAUGAGAAGGAUACUCAACACUACAUUUUCUGCCCUUCUGAAUGAUGCAUGGUGAAAGGCUGUCCUAGGAGAGGGAAGUUUAUUAUUCACCAUUUGCGUCCCAAAUGGAACCCUGUUUCCUACUUAGUGUGCUACUUUCCUACUUAGUUCUCUGGUCAAAAGGAGUGCUUUAAAUUGGAAAUCAGGUGGGCUUUGAGAUGCAGAGUGAUGUAUAUUCUGAGGUUUCCUGCUCAAACGUGAAGGAUUAAAUUAAAUACUUGAAGACUCAAAUGUAGAAUAAGGAAAGGCUGAAAACAGACAGAAUCACUAACACUAGUCACUAGAGAGAACAUUCUUUGUUUUAACACCCCACUACUACCAAUGCUGACCAAGCCAUUGAGAUGUUCUCCAUUGAAACAAAACACAAGACGCUUAAGUUACAUCUACUAACAUGAAUACCAUUUUGAAAACCACAUCAAAGCUUUGAAAUUCUGAGUUCAGUUAUGUUUUGACUCUUGUUGCACGACCCUUUCCCGUUGUUGCAUGUGUUGUGAUUGCACACUGGGCAGUGCACUAGCUGCUUCUUUGAGACAUGUGGAAUGAAGAGUAAUCAUAAUGAUAUAAUGAUAGUGUUAUUGUGCUGCCUAGAGCCCUGUUUUAACCAUGUUGAUUUAACUUGUUUUUACCUAACUAAUAUAUAUAUAUAUAUAUAUAUAUAUAUAUACACAUACACAACUCCUUAGUGGUUUGAUGUGUUGAGUAAUUUUGGGCUUUGUAGUUCUGUUUGCACUGUAAAUUCGCAUUAAAAUUGAACUGGAAUUGCA